UUUUAGACAGGGUCAGAUUUGGUGAUAAUUACCUUAAUCUAAUCCGACUUAAUUGGGGCUUAGAGCUCAAAGUAUUUAAGUAUAUAUCUUCUGCCGUGGGAAUAUACGAGGCCCCAGGGCAUAAAUUAUUGAAAGCAAAUCAUUCUUUGUGAACGUAAACAAAGAAGAUGGAAGAAAGUCGGGGAGAGAGAUAAGACUACGGAGUUGGGCAUUUUCUGGGCUUGUUUGAACUUUGAAAAGAGAAGAAGAAAACCCCAUAAGCAGAAGAAAAUGGAAGGGUGUUGGAAGUUGAUGGGAGUGGCAGUCCUUUGUAUUUAUUGGCUUCCUAUCUGGGGCUUCGCGGCGGAACGACAACUGCGGUUUGGGAAAAGUAGGGAGUUCAAGAUACUGCAAGUGGCGGACAUGCAUUUUGCCAACGGCAAGACCACGCCUUGUGAGAACGUGCUCCCGAGACAGGUCGCCUCUUGCUCCGACCUCAACACCACCGCCUUUCUCCGCCGCAUGAUCCUCGCCGAGAAACCCCAUCUCAUUGUUUUCACCGGGGAUAAUAUCGUUGGGGCUGACGCUACGGAUGCGGCCAAGUCUUUGAAUGCUGCAUUUGCGCCAGCAAUCUCAUCCAACAUCCCAUGGGCUGCCGUUCUCGGGAACCAUGAUCAGCAAUCUACUACCCUCUCAAGGGAAGGGGUGAUGAAACAUAUAGUUGGCCUGAAGAACACAGUGUCUCGGGUCAAUCCUGUGGAAGCCCACAAUAUUGAUGGUUUUGGGAACUAUAACAUCGAGGUUGGUGGGGUUGAGGGCUCUGGUUUUGAAAACAAGUCGGUUCUCAAUCUGUACUUCCUUGACAGUGGAGAUUAUUCCACCGUUUCUUCCAUCCCUGGCUAUGGUUGGAUUAAACCCUCUCAACAACUAUGGUUUGAACGCACUUCUGCAAAGCUUCGGAGAGCAUACAUGGACAAGCCAGAGGCUCAGAAAGGACCUGCACCGGGGCUUGCAUACUUUCACAUUCCGUUGCCGGAAUUUGCAAGUUUUGACUCGACCAACUUCACUGGUGUGAAACAGCAACGCAUUAGCUCUGCUUCUGUGAACUCUGGCUUCUUCACGACCAUGGUAGCUGCAGGGGAUGUGAAGGCAGCUUUCACUGGCCAUGAUCAUGUCAAUGACUUCUGUGGCAAGCUAAACACUACACAGCUCUGUUAUGCUGGGGGAUUUGGAUACCAUGCUUAUGGGAAGGCUGGAUGGUCAAGGAGAGCAAGGGUGGUGGUAGCGAACUUGGAGAAAACAGAAAAGGGUGGUUGGGGUGCAGUAAAGUCAAUCAAAACAUGGAAGCGCCUUGAUGAUCAGCAUCUCACUGCUAUAGAUGGUCAGGUCCUCUGGAGCAAGAGCUCUGCCGCUGCAGGGGAUGUGAAGGCAGCUUUCACUGGCCAUGAUCAUGUCAAUGACUUCUGUGGCAAGCUAAACACUACACAGCUCUGUUAUGCUGGGGGAUUUGGAUACCAUGCUUAUGGGAAGGCUGGAUGGUCAAGGAGAGCAAGGGUGGUGGUAGCGAACUUGGAGAAAACAGAAAAGGGUGGUUGGGGUGCAGUAAAGUCAAUCAAAACAUGGAAGCGCCUUGAUGAUCAGCAUCUCACUACUAUCGAUGGUCAGGUCCUCUGGAGCAAGAGCUCUGCCGUUUGCUCUGAACAGGACCCCGCAGAAAAAAACAAAUUGGUGGCACUUGAGUAGCAGGCAUAUGAAAAACAAUUACUAUAUACGUACAAGUUCAUACCUAACAAGUUGGCUGUGAGAAAUAAAGUUUUGGAACUGGUUUGUUGGGAACAUUUUAAUGUGUCGUUGUACUAUAAAGUUAUCUAAACAUUAUGUAUGGCAUACGUAUCGAUCGAUCUUGAGAAUUAGUGAAACUACAGGAGGUAACGGAUGAAUUUGUAUGCCAUGUAAUUGUGUGUUCGAAUAUUGUAUUCAGAUCUGAAUAAAGUUUGGAUAUUUAUGUAUUAAGGCUGGUUGUAUUUUUGAACAUUGUGAUGAAUUUGUA